GGCGGGCGGGGGCCGCUGGCUGCGGGCAGCGCGGAGCGGCGGCGACGGAGCAGCCGGAGCCCGGGCGGCGCUGAGGGGAAGGCGGCAGGCAGGCAGGCAGCUAUCCCGGCGCGGCCCGGCCGAGGGAUCCGCUCCGCCGCGGACAGAGCACGGCCGGCGCCGCUCGCCAUCCCGUACGCCGUGCCCCCGCGGCGCGGCCUGGCCGCGGCUCGGCGAACGGGGCCCAGGCGGCGGCGGCGGCCGUGGUGGUGGUGGUGGCGGCGGCGGCGGCUGGGAGCUCCGCCGCGCCUGCCCUGCCAUCUUAGGUGCCGUGCCCCGCCGCCUUUGUGCCCGCCGCGCCCGGGCACCCGCGGGGGCCGGGCCCGACGCCCCUCCGGGGGCGCCUCCCCCCGCGGGGCCGCCGCCCCUUGCCCCGCUCCUCCUCCUCCUCCUUCUCCUCCUCCUCCUCCUCCGCGGGGGGCCGACCGGCGCUCCCAGCCCGGCUGCGGCGGAGGUAAUCCAUGCUGAAGAGGCUCCAUUCAUACAGAUGAACCAAGGGUUGAGGCAGCACUUUAAACCCAGAUAGUCGGUCGGCUAACUGCCCAGCAGGAUGCCAUCAACCAGCCGAGCGGGCAGCCUGAAGGACCCAGAAAUUGCAGAGCUCUUCUUCAAAGAAGAUCCAGAAAAGCUCUUCACAGAUCUCCGAGAGAUUGGCCAUGGAAGCUUCGGAGCAGUUUAUUUUGCACGUGAUGUGCGCACCAAUGAAGUGGUGGCCAUCAAGAAAAUGUCAUAUAGUGGGAAGCAGUCCAAUGAGAAAUGGCAGGAUAUUAUUAAGGAAGUCAAGUUCCUCCAAAGAAUAAAACACCCUAACAGUAUAGAAUACAAAGGCUGCUAUUUGCGGGAGCAUACAGCAUGGCUUGUUAUGGAAUAUUGCUUAGGAUCAGCAUCAGACUUACUAGAAGUUCAUAAAAAGCCAUUGCAAGAAGUGGAAAUAGCAGCAAUUACCCAUGGUGCUCUCCAGGGAUUAGCAUACUUGCAUUCUCACAAUAUGAUCCAUAGAGAUAUCAAGGCAGGAAACAUCCUGCUGACAGAGCCAGGACAGGUGAAACUUGCUGACUUUGGGUCUGCUUCCAUAGCAUCUCCUGCCAACUCAUUUGUGGGGACGCCAUAUUGGAUGGCCCCAGAAGUGAUUUUAGCCAUGGAUGAAGGGCAGUAUGAUGGCAAAGUAGAUGUUUGGUCUCUUGGAAUUACCUGUAUUGAGUUAGCGGAAAGGAAGCCUCCUUUGUUUAAUAUGAACGCAAUGAGUGCCUUAUAUCACAUAGCGCAGAAUGAAUCCCCUACACUACAGUCUAAUGAAUGGUCUGAUUAUUUUCGAAACUUCGUAGAUUCUUGCCUCCAGAAAAUUCCUCAAGACAGGCCUACAUCAGAGGAGCUUCUGAAGCACAUGUUUGUUCUUCGGGAGCGGCCCGAAACGGUGUUAAUAGACUUGAUUCAGAGAACAAAGGAUGCAGUGAGAGAACUGGACAACCUGCAGUAUCGUAAAAUGAAGAAGCUCCUCUUCCAGGAGGCGCACAAUGGCCCUGCAGUCGAAACACAGGAGGAGGAGGAGGAACAAGAUCACGGUGUUGGCAGGACAGGAACAGUGAAUAGUGUCGGAAGUAAUCAGUCCAUUCCUAGUAUGUCUAUCAGUGCCAGUAGCCAAAGCAGUAGUGUUAACAGUCUUCCAGAUGCCUCGGAUGAUAAGAGCGAGCUGGAUAUGAUGGAGGGGGACCACACCGUGAUGUCAAAUAGCUCUGUCAUUCAUUUAAAGCCGGAGGAAGAAAACUACAGAGAGGAGUCAGAUCCUCGAACAAGGGCAUCAGAACCCCAGUCUCCUCCCCAAGUAUCUCGCCACAAGUCUCAUUAUCGCAACCGAGAGCACUUUGCUACUAUACGCACAGCAUCGCUGGUGACAAGGCAAAUGCAGGAACAUGAACAAGACUCUGAACUCCGAGAGCAGAUGUCUGGCUAUAAACGUAUGAGACGGCAACACCAGAAGCAACUGAUGGCAUUAGAGAAUAAACUGAAGGCAGAGAUGGACGAGCAUCGCCUCAGGUUGGACAAAGAUCUUGAAACACAGCGUAACAAUUUUGCUGCAGAAAUGGAAAAGCUAAUUAAAAAGCACCAAGCAGCCAUGGAGAAAGAGGCUAAAGUGAUGGCCAAUGAAGAAAAGAAGUUUCAACAGCAUAUUCAGGCCCAACAGAAAAAAGAAUUGAACAGUUUUCUGGAGUCCCAGAAGAGAGAAUAUAAACUCCGUAAAGAGCAGCUAAAAGAGGAGCUGAAUGAAAACCAGAGCACUCCAAAGAAGGAGAAGCAGGAGUGGCUCUCCAAGCAGAAGGAGAACAUCCAGCAUUUCCAGGCAGAGGAAGAAGCCAACUUACUGAGGCGUCAGAGGCAGUACUUGGAGCUGGAGUGUCGCCGCUUUAAGAGACGGAUGCUCCUUGGCCGCCAUAAUCUGGAGCAGGACCUGGUUCGGGAGGAAUUAAACAAAAGGCAGACACAGAAGGACCUGGAGCACGCCAUGCUGCUGCGUCAGCACGAGUCCAUGCAGGAGCUGGAGUUCCGCCAUCUCAGUACCAUCCAGAAGAUGCGCUGUGAGCUGAUCCGACUCCAGCACCAGACCGAGCUCACCAACCAGCUGGAAUACAACAAGCGCCGGGAGCGGGAGCUGAGGCGUAAGCACGUCAUGGAGGUCCGGCAGCAGCCCAAGAGCCUGAAGUCAAAAGAACUACAGAUAAAGAAGCAGUUUCAGGAUACAUGCAAGAUCCAAACCAGACAGUACAAAGCACUGAGAAACCAUCUGCUGGAGACCACGCCAAAGAGUGAACAUAAAGCUGUCCUCAAACGGCUCAAGGAGGAGCAGACCCGGAAGCUGGCUAUCCUGGCUGAGCAGUAUGAUCACAGCAUUAAUGAAAUGCUCUCUACACAAGCUCUGCGUUUGGAUGAAGCACAGGAAGCAGAGUGCCAGGUUUUGAAGAUGCAGCUGCAGCAAGAAUUGGAGCUGCUGAAUGCAUAUCAGAGUAAAAUCAAGAUGCAGGCAGAAGCCCAGCAUGAUCGGGAGCUGCGUGAUCUUGAACAGAGGGUAUCCCUCCGUCGGGCCCUCCUCGAGCAGAAGAUCGAGGAGGAGAUGCUGGCAUUGCAGAACGAGCGUACCGAACGGAUACGAAGCCUGCUGGAGCGUCAAGCUCGCGAGAUCGAAGCCUUUGACUCAGAAAGCAUGAGGCUAGGUUUUAGUAAUAUGGUUCUUUCUAAUCUCUCCCCCGAGGCGUUCAGCCACAGCUACCCGGGAGCUUCUGGCUGGUCCCACAAUCCUACUGGGGGUGCAGGACCUCACUGGGGUCAUCCCAUGGGUGGCCCACCACAAGCUUGGGGCCAUCCAAUGCAAGGUGGACCCCAGCCAUGGGGUCACCCCUCGGGGCCCAUGCAGGGGGUACCUCGAAGUAGUGCUAUAGGGGUCCGCAACAGCCCCCAGGCUCUGAGGCGGACAGCUUCUGGGGGACGGACGGAACAGGGCAUGAGCAGGAGCACAAGUGUUACUUCACAAAUAUCCAAUGGUUCACACAUGUCUUAUACAUAACUUAAACAAUAACUGAGGGUGGCAAUUCCACUGGAGCUGUCUGCCAACAGAAACUGCCUACAGACACCAGCCCAGCAGCCUCCUCAGUGCGGUGCUGACGUGUGGAAGCUGGGUGCACAUGGAAUAUUGUAUUCAUUUUGUAAAGCAUUACGUUUUGUGUUUACUAACUGGGAUGUCAUAGUAUUUGGCUGCAGGGUUUGGGGGGGGUGGUUUUUUGGUUUGGUUUUUUUUUUGUUGUUUUUUUACUUUUUGGAGGGGUCUUGGGAGGGCGUCUGAGAAAUAUAUGCAAUUAGUCAGAAGAGUUGGCUGGUGGUCGUCACACUGACAGGACAGAAGGGCCUCAGACUGCCCUCGUCACACCAUCCAUAGGAAGUCUGAGGGAGAAUGGAGACCUCCUCCCAUGUCCAUAAAUUUCGAACUGCCACCCUGCAAAAGCCAGGCGAGCUGCCUUUAAACCAACAUCCAGGGGAGGAACAGCUGGAUCUUCUGUUCCAUUUUUAUUUGUCAUUAAAUUGGAUACAUUUCUAGGGUAUUGCCUCUGCCAAGAGGCAUUUUCAGAGACUUGUAGGUGAGGAAGAAGGGUGAGAAGAGAAGCCAAGAGACACCAGGGCUCAGCAGGGCCCUUCUACCCAAGUGCCCGCUCCGUGUCGUGUAAGAAGUGACGUUCUCUCAGAAGGCACUGGUCAGCUUCCCGAGAACUGUGUUAGGUAAACCUGUCUGGAGGGAACAGGCUAGAAAUGUUUGAAAUCGUAUUCCUGCUUUGGCACUCCCUGACUGUGCUGCUGGUAGCUCAGACGAGGUUGGGCAGAGGAGCGUAAGCAAUGCACUUGUACAGCUAAUACUGUGACAUCUCAUUUUAGCUAAGCAUCAGAAUAAUUCUUGGAGCCCAGUGUAGUCCUUUUUGCUCCAUUCAGAACUGUUAGACUUUCAGCCAAUCAGUCUCAAAUGCCAGAGGUAUUUUGAAGGAUGCCAUAGUCACAAAAUGCCAUUGAUCGGGUUUUUCAUUAUUACACUACAUCCACCAAUUUAUUACCUUUUUGGCUUGUUGCAAUUUCCUGUUUACAUGUAGAGUGUAGCCAACUGUUUAAAUGUUUAGUUGCCACAGUGUACCAGGAGGAGCUGAGCCAAUGACUCUUUCCCAGCUGAUGACUAACCCACAUCACCACUGUAGAUCUUGCUGCAUGUGAGGCUCCUUUUUAUUACUUUUGUUGCUGCAAUACUUCACAACUUUUACAGUCCCUUGAGAUGCCGUGGUAUUUUGGCAGCAUAUCACACCAUGCGAGAAGGCACUACUUCCAGAGGCUCGUUGGAGCUGCUGUACUACUGAAAGGAAGCAGAGGAGGUUGUGAAAUCCAUACGGUGAUAAAGGGGUCAGGGAGUCUCAUUAACCAAAUGACUUUGUGGCAUCGUGUCAUCCCUUAGCGCUGGGAACUGGAGAUGCCCCCAUGCUCUCGUGCCAGUGCCAGGGCGGUCUGGGUCAGCCAGCGCUGUGGGGCUAGGGAAAGAGCAGGUAGAUGAAGUUUGGCUUGAGGCAAAGAUUUCCGUCUUGGGGACUGACCAGCCAGGGUUCUUUGUAAAUGUUUUUCCUUGCACACUAAUCAUCUUGAAGAAAACACUAGCUGCUAACUCUAGGAUUUGCCUUUAAUAUGUUUAUAGGGCUCAAAAGCAAGGUUUUCCGAAUGUGUUUGUCCAUGUGACAUAUUUAUAUAGUAAAUACUCUAGUGUCUCGCUGCUGUUCAGUACUCUCAACAGGGCGACGUUCUUUCGUUAGCUAAAUUAACAUCCACUCCCAAUCCUUAACUCUUUGCCAGUGUCCGGUGAAUCCAACUGGGAUUUCUAGCAUCUUGACGUAGCAUAUUACUCUAAUUGAAGAUGGAAACUCUACCGAAAUAUGUUUGAGCAGCCCCUUAGUAAGGAGCUUUGUAGUACUAACAGUUGACGGAAGCCUGGGAUGAGGCGGUGGUCCCGUGGAGGUGACUCUGGUUGCCCCCUGGGGCAAGUGGUGACCGUGAAUUGUCCUGUCCUUUCCUCUGCUAUGUUUUUAUGUGGAAUUGGAUGUUUUGGGGUCAUUCUUUUGCAUUGCAGUGUUGUUGAAAUGCAGGGAAACUGAUUUAGGAAAGGUACCUGUAUUUUCCUGGGGUUGGAAGGAAAGACAAAAAUGAAAUGAAAGGCCAAAAUUGUAUUGGGAUUUACCAUGUCAGUGUGGAGGGUGUGCCCAGAGCAUGGUGCUAACACAGCGUUUUGAAGUUCAGCUCCUCUUAUCACAAACAGCAGCAGCGACAGCAGGGACGGGCUAUACCUGCAAGUUCAGUGGGUUCAUUCUUUUGCUUCUGUUAUGGUUUGAAUUUGGUCAAAGUCUCUGGCUUAAAUUGAGCUACUUCAACAGAAUUCUCUCAACCCAUCUCUUUGUGUAAUGUCAAGCAUGACUGAAUGCUGAAUCCAAAUGAUGGCUAUCCCAUAUUGGCUUUUUUGUAUUCAAAAAGAAUUGUGUAGUAACCAUUUUUACAUGUAUAUCAUGUGCAGACCUGGACUAUUCCAACAAGUUAAUAUUUUAAUUAAAAUAGUUUGCAAAAACUGA